AUGCUGCCGCUCGCUCCCCUCCUCUCACUCCUUUGUGCCUCUGUCGCUGUCGGCGCCAGUGCUGUCGCUCGCGGCUCGCCUGCGGGCACUGCCGGCUGCGGGACGACACACUUCUUCAACGGCCUGACGCAAUACCACUCGCUCACCUCGAACGGCACCACGCGCCACUACUCGAUCCACCUGCCCUCCUCGUACGACAAGAACAAGCCGUACCCGCUUGUCCUCGGAUUCCACGGGUCGAGCGGCAUCGGGCUGUUCUUCGAGCUGGACACAAGGCUGAGUAGCAGCGACUAUACCCCAGAUAAGAUUAUGCUUUAUCCAGAUGGACUUGGGGGCGCCUGGGCCGGCGCUAAUUAUUCAGUAGCCACAGUCCCGCAAGACCUGCUCUUUGUCUCCGACCUGCUUGACGAAGUCCGCGCGGGGUGGUGCAUCGACAACAGCCGCAUCUAUGCAACCGGUAUCUCCGCGGGCGGUGGCUUCGUCAACACAAUCGCCUGCUCGCCGGUCGGCGCCAACUUCGCGGCGUUCGCCCUUGGCUCCGGCUCUCUCUACACCGACGCGACCGGGCCGUUCCCCCCAUCGGCCUCCUGCGUGCCGGCCCGCUCUCCGCUACCAGUCCUCGAAAUCCACGGCGGCGCAGAUCCGGACGUACACUAUGCGGGCGGGCCUGGCGAGGGCGGAAUCGAGCCGGCGAUCCCAGACUGGCUCGGCUGGUGGGCACAACGCAACGGGUGUGCUACCCCCGACGUGGGCAAGACAGUGGAGGAUUUGUUCAACGGGACGGUGCAUCACUGGAGUUGGACGUGCGGCGGCGUGCCGGGCGUGGUGCAGCACUGGAAGGUGGACGAUAUGAAGCAUUGCUGGGCGAGCACGACACUGGACUUGACGGAGAUUGCGGCGGGCCAGGGGACGACGCCGAUUGACGCGAGCACGAUCGUGAUCCAGUUCUUUGACCAGUUUACCAAGCCGUAG